AUGGGCCAUGGAGAAGAGCCAUUGAUCGCUACUUACAAAACCCAAAGACCACCAUGGAUCGGAUUGUGGAGUAGCCGUGAAUACAAGGGACGUCCGGACUGGUGGAAGGAGAAUGGUGAAUCAGAUUCUAUUGUAAGAUCUGGAAAGCUCCGUCUUUACCGAACUCGCUACCGUGAAGAAGAUCCCGAUUGGUUCGACCCUAAGGUUCCUGACGGAACAUCACUGGCAGGACCACUAGGGCUCGAUUCGAAGAAAACUAAGAACAUCACCAAGAAAGGUGAUCAGCCAGGAAACUUGGAUGAUUUCCAGAAAAAAGUCUAUGAGGGAUCUCAUCAAUUCAAAUCAAUCGCUGAAAAAUUCAACCUCAGCAAGGAACAUCCAGGAUUCGACGUUAAUCCAACUCUCAACGACUUGAUGAAUAUUCCAAAGUCGCAACUCGGUCGAAAUGCAAUUAUUCCAAACUCCUGGUAUGAUUUUGGGCCAAGAUUCUUUGAUUCUCCACUCAAUCAGGGAGCCUUCUGGAAGGGUCUUGCUUGCGCUAAGUAUGCCGCUAUUCUUGCUGCUCCUUACACAAUUUUGGAGAUUCGCGCGAUAAACACUGUCAAGGUUCCAGAUUUCUCACCCAGAAAUGUUUUUAAGAGAUACUGCAAGAUCGCGCCGUUCCCGAUCGCGGUUGCUUUUGCUUGGGGAUUCUCUCUUUCAGCGGCUUCUACCAUUCGCAACAAGGAUGACGUUUACAAUCACUAUUUUGCAAGUGCUGCAGUUGGAGCUACCAUUGCAACCAUGAAAAGCAACAUUGCUCUGGGUACUUCUGCCGCGAUAUUUACUGCAAUCCUUGGAGUCUUCUGGCAAUACCAACGUCAUUCCGAGACCGGUCUCCAGGGCAUGGUCGCUCAACCAACUUCGAGUGGAAUCUGGGGCGGACCACUUUUGUGGCAGACGUUCAACGUUGGAGAUGCGAAGGUUCCAGAUGUUCGAUAUUAG